CCGAGCGCGGUGCCUGGCAACAGAAAGAGACGUGAUGACGUCCACUCCAGAUCGCGUAUUAUGGGAUGUGCGGAAUUAAACAACCCGGAGAGGACGAGGGGAAGCCAAAAAUAAUAAAAGAGACAGAAAUAAACGAGGUGCAUGGUGAAUCAUGGAGCUCUCGGCUGUCGGUGAGAGCGUCUUCGCAGCCGAGUCCAUCAUUAAACGGCGGAUCAGACGGGGUCGCUGGGAAUAUCUCGUGAAAUGGAAGGGCUGGUCUCAGAAGUACAGCACUUGGGAGCCGGAGGAAAACAUUCUGGAUGCACGGCUCUUCGCCGCCUUCGAGGAGAGGGAGCGAGAAAGGGAGAUGUUCGGUCCGAAAAAGAGGGGACCCAAACCCGAGACCUUUCUCCUAAAGGCCAAAGCAAAAGAAAAGACAUAUGAACUGAGAAGAGAGCCUCCCAGAGGUAUUCAGGUUUCCUAUCCCAUCCCGGAGCCUGUCAUAACGCCGAGGGCCCGGGAGGGUUUACGCACGGUGGUUCCAACAAUCUUUCCUCCGAGCACGGUCAACAGAGGGGAAAGUGUCCACCUCCGGCCACCGGAGCCCGAGAGGAGGCCCAGGCCCGCGCCCCCUGCGGCGCUGACGGUCCAAGAAUCGCGCUUCCCCAAAAAGAGGGGGCGCAAACCGAAGCUGCACUUGCAUUAUGAUAAAGAUGACGGCAGCAGCUCGGCGGAGCCGGACAUCAAACGGAGCAGGUCGCUGGAGGAGCCGAUGUCUCACGGCGUGUCCAAAUUGUCCCGGCGCCUGCACCACCACGGAGAGACGUCGGACCACACUCUCCUCCAGCUGACCAAGAGGUUCCAGGAGGAGACCACGAUAACGCCCAAGUCCAGCAGCGAGCAGAGACACGCGGGAGGGACCAGCUUAGCCUACAGCCGCGUGUUCAGUCCAGAGAUGCGUAAAAACGACCAAAGUGGGCACAGGACUAUUUGUUUGAGCAGGGUGCCAAUUUCCCAGCCGUGCAAGAUGAGAGAGCUCCCGAGCCGUCCACCCUGGGAGCAGUCACCCGUCAUCUCCCCAGAGUCCAUCCAAGAGUCCUCUUCGCGGCCCUCUUGGACCCCUUGUUUCACCAACUUGGACACUGUGACCGUGACCGACGUCACCAUGAACUUCCUGACCGUCACCAUCAGAGAGAGCAGCACGGACAAAGGCUUUUUCAGAGAGAAAAGAUGAGUAUUUGAUGCGUUUCGUGGCCGAAGUAACUGUUCUAACAUGCUACUAACAAACAAACCUACUGUAAUACUAUAUUUUUCUAUGUAACUUUCAAACAUGUACAUGCGAAUAUUUAAUACGCUGCUGAGAUAAUUAAAACGGAAGUGAUAUUGGAA